AAUAAAAGGCAUGUGACUCCAGUGGCUUAAAAACAACCCGAUUUGAAUAGCUCUAAAGGUCCAACCCGAAACUAUAACUUUAUAAUUCUGUCACUCACUGCGCCAAAGACUUUUUGAGGCACUAAUGAAAUUCUUUUUCCCUCUUUUGUUUGGAAAUGAGUAUUAACGGCAAUGGAAACGCGGAGAGUUACAGCCAUUCUGCCCCCGGAGACAACGAUGGAAACGAAGCAGUUCCAUUACUGUCAAAUGGGAGGAGGGCCAAAGGUGCCUCCUUUGCCUCCUCUGUCUUUAACCUCAUGAAUGCAAUCAUGGGCAGUGGCAUUCUUGGACUUGCUUAUGCCAUGGCAAGCACCGGCAUCGUUGGCUUCUGCAUCCUGUUAACACUUGUGUCCAGCUUGGCGGCGUAUUCCAUACAUCUCCUCCUCAAGCUUUGUGACCUGACAGGAAUCAAUUCAUAUGAAGAUUUGGGAGGGAGAGCGUUCCAAAAACCUGGAAAAGUUCUCGUUGGAAUUGCCAUCCUCAUCCAAAAUGUUGGUGCCAUGUCAUCAUAUUUGUUCAUCUUGAAGUCGGAGCUUCCGGCGGCCAUCAUCAGCUUCCUGAGCCCAGACCAGACAGGACAGGCCUGGUAUGAAGAUGGCAGACAUCUGCUGAUCCUCGUUACACUGUGCAUGGUGCUUCCCCUUGCAAUAUUGCCAAAAAUUGGCUUCCUGGGCUACACCAGCAGCCUUGCCUUCUUUUUCAUGCUGUACUUUACCAUUGUGGUUGUGGUCAAGAAAUGGUCCAUCCCCUGCCCGCUGCCACAUAAUAUCACUACACUUGCAGGUGCAUACCAGGUAUCAAAUUCCUCUGACUCAGAAUGCACACCCAAGCUUUUCAUCGUCUCGAGUAGGAGUGCCUACGCCAUCCCCACCAUGGCCUUCUCCUUCCUAUGCCACACAGCCGUCCUGCCAAUCUACUGUGAACUGGAUAGGCCUACCAAAUCAAGGAUGCAGAAUGUUACCAAUGUGAGCGUCAGCCUCAGCUUCCUGCUUUACUUGGUUUCUGCCCUCUUUGGCUACCUAACCUUCUACGCUCACGUGGACUCGGAGCUUCUGCUGGGUUACGAUACAUACAUGCCGCGUGACGUCAUUGUGAUGACGGUUCGGCUCGCUAUCCUCAUCUCCGUGCUGUUGACCGUACCACUCAUCCACUUCCCUGCUCGUAAGGCUGUGAUCUUACUGUUGCAUGGAAAUCGUCCUUUUUCCUGGAUGAUUCACAUUACGACAACACUGAUCAUCCUUGGAGUGGUGCUCUUGCUGGCCAUCUUUGUCCCAGAUAUACGAAAUGUGUUUGGCGUCGUGGGAUCAACGACAUCCAGCUGCCUUUUGUUUGUCUUCCCCGGCCUCUUUUACCUCAAGAUUAGCUGCCAGUCUCUCCGAUCUUUUGACUCCAUCGGGGCGGUGUGUCUGGUGAUCUUUGGUUUAGUUAUGGGCGUCAUCAGCUUCUCAAUCAUCAUCUUCACAUGGAUACAAAGUUCUUAGCCCCCCAUUCCUCUUUUCCCUCACUCCAAGCACAAGGGCAAAAAGGGAGGAUUAUACCAAAGAAUCUUAUUGAAUGGACGAAAGGAACAGACAUGCUAUUCUGUGUCCCCUCGGGCACUGUAGUUUUGUUUUAAGUUGUGGUAAUCAUGCAGUUGCCUUGCAAAAACAUGGUCAUGAUAACAACACUUUAAGAAUUCAUCACAAAUUCAGGGUGGUUGCUUGUUUUACUUCUCUAUUAAUCUCACAAUGAUUUUGGGUACAAUAUUGUUUACAUUCCAACUUUACAUAUUUGAAACUCUUGCACCUUUUCACAUCAAGUGAUAUAUAUAUAUAUAUAUCUCUAUCUCUAGAUAGAUAGAUAAUUUUUUUUUUCUUUGCUGGAACUUAUCGUAACUUUAUUCACUUUUUUAGCAAAUGUUACUGCACACAUUGUCUAACGCAAUGGCCAGAUUUGAUUUCACAAAACUAAUUGCAUUAAUUUUUUUCACAAGAUUUUUAUGUUUAUCAUGUACGUUUGCCAAUCUAAACUGUGUUUAAAAGACAUUUGCUGCUAUUUGGGUAAAAUUAUUUGACUCGAUUGUACUGUUAAGUGGUUAUGUAAUCUAUAAAAAACAUACCUCAAAUGAAAGAUACUCAAUAAAAGGGCAAUAUUCUGUGUUGCA